AGGCCUAUAAUCUCAUUUGAGCAACAACGGGCACUGUCAAUGGGGUCCCACUCUUCCUCCCCGAAAUUGUUCCACUUCUUCUUCUUCUUCUUCACUCUUUAGAUUUCGUGUCAACUCAGAACACAGCGAAAGAUUACACACAAACGAACCUCUCUUCCUCUCUAAAUCUUGUUUCACUCGCCAUUCAACACUUCCCCCACAUCACACGAUAAGGGAAAUAACCUGUGAUAAUUGGAUAGGUUUUGUUUGUUGACUUGUUGCACUUGAGUGUUGAGACCUAAAAAAGUAAUGGUACCUCAACCUCAUGGGAGUGCACACUCUGAUGCGGCGAAGACGGAACAGAUAAUCACUGAGUUCUUUGCGAAGAGUCUUCACAUAAUACUUGAAUCUAGGGCGGUUUACGCGUCGUCGCGCAACUCGUGUGCUGAUCAAGCAGUGUUGUCGUCUCCGUGUUCAUCGGCUUCAUCCUCCUCAUCGAGCGUGCGGCCGAGGGAUAAAUGGUUCAAUUUGGCGCUCCGGGAAUGCCCUAGUGUGUUGGAGAAUGUUGACCUCGGGCGCCGGAAUAAUCUUGAGUGUGUGGUGAUUGAUGUGAUUUUGGUGCAGAGGGCUUUGGACUGCGACCCCGUGACCUCGAGCUUUUCUCCGAAAAGGGUUCUUCCUAGGAGUUCUUUACUCAAAGAACGGUAUCCGCUUUGCUGUAAUGCUGGUCGAGAAGAAUUUGGGAUUGAGGCAAAGAGUGAAAAGAUUGUAGAGAGAUGGGUGAUACAAUAUGAGAGUAGGAAGACAAGGGAUUCUAAUUCUGGAAAUAGGAGGUCAAGCAAUAGUUCUUUGUCUAGCCUGUAUAAGAAAGUAACUUUACUCGUGAGAUCUUUGUAUGCCACUGUUAGACUUUUACCUGCCUAUAAAAUUUUUGGAGAGCUUAAUUCAUCUGCACAGAUUCGUGACUUUACCCUCGCUCACCGCAUAUCCUCAAUCGUUGAGCCCUUAACCCGUAAAGAAGAGGCGGAAAUGCUGAAAUUUGGGUUCACUCCUGUUGAUACUUCUUCUGGUAGGCUUUGCCUUUCUGUGAUGUAUUGCCCGUCAGCCUCAGAUGUGAGCUCUGAACCAUCAACUCCUUUGUUCCCACAAGUUAUACCUGACUAUGUUGGGAGUCCAUUGGCAGAUCCUUUGAGGAAGUUUCCAUCACUUCCCGUGGCAGGGUUCCCAUUUCCAAGGCAACAUUGUGGGAAUUGUGACCAUUGUAGAGCCUCACCUCCAUCCAUUACUAAUUCAGCUGAGAAGUCGUUUUCUCCUGGAAAAGUAGAGUCUCGAAAAUAUUCUGGAGUUAAGAUAUCAGCUAAUAGCUCACCACAGAUUUCAACUUCCAGAAGCUCCAGUAGGUCUUAUCCGGAGGAUUUUGAUGGUUCUGAUUUUACUUGGCCAUUUGAUUUGGAGGAUGACGAUGCAGAUCCAGGAAGCAGAGCGGAAUCCUUAGAUCAUGGUCACAUGGCUGAGGUGCUUAAAGCUGGAGGAUUCUUUCCUAUCAGAAAGUCACAUGAUGCUGCUGUCGGUGCGCUUGUACAUAUGCUGAAGAAAGCACCACCUCUCCAUCAAGAUUUCUCCACUUCAGAACAUUCUUCACUUCAGGAAGGGCUUCACCAAACUGCUACUCCUAAUUCAAGAGUUAGCGUCACAACUACGCCAGUGAAGUUAGCCAAUCAACAACCAAAAAAAGAACACUCGUCACACGGCAGCCGCGAAACCUUAAACAGCAAUACUCUAGAGCCCAAUCAAAUCCUAGAGGAACCAAGACCAGUGAGUAUAAAGUCUACUGGGAUAACAGCAACUAGGAAAACAGCAAGUGAUGCAUUGGAAGAGUUCCAUGGUUACAAAAAAAUGAAAAACUUGUUACUCAAGCAAGGUAGUAUGCCUCAACUAUAGUACAUUGUAGAGUGUACUUUGGAUGCGGGAUGGACACGCACUCCAAAACACACUAUCUAUGAAACUACAUAUUAUAUAGCUUAUGAAUCAUCGUGAUUUUGGGGGCUAGAUGUGUGUUGCAGAAAUGCAACCAAACAAGCACUUAUGCUUCUUCCUAAUGGUGUUCAUGGGGAAGCUAGAUCAGUGAAAUUCAUGUACAGUGUUUAUUUCUUGAUAAGUUGGUACAGUUGAAGAGUAUAUUCUUUGUUUUGACAAUAUGUGUAAAUAUGAUGAUUAAAUCUAUGACUGUUGAGCUUUCCAAAGCCGUGUAUUGUCUUAA